UUUAGAGGGAGAAUGUAAUAAUCUCGUCCUUCGAAUCCUUGCAUAAUAAUUCAGAAUAUUCGACGAUGAAAAAAAAUGAGGAAACACCCUGCAUUCCUCCAGUGCAUUUUUCAAAAUUGAAAACACUGUUGCGCUGAAAAACCUAGGGUUUAGGUUCUUGCAAUUGGGGAUUUUGAAGUAAGAGCUUAAUCAAAUGGCAGAUUUAUCAGAGGGGGAGGAAGAAGGGAAACUAACAGGAGGAAGCCAACAGUUAGUUGUAGAUGAUGACCUCCGCGAGAUGGGUAAAAAGGCUGCUUGGAGUGUCAGCUCCUAUAAACCUGGCAAUGCUGUUCUUUCCCUUCGCGAUGACAAUCUUGAUACCUAUUGGCAAUCAGAUGGUGCACAGCCUCAUCUUGUUAAUGUUCAAUUUCAGAAGAAAGUUAAGCUUCAAUUAGUACUCCUGUAUGUUGAUUUCAAGCUUGACGAAAGCUAUACACCUGGUAAGCUCUCUAUCAGAGCAGGCGAUGGCUUUCACAACUUGAAGGAGAUAAAAUCAGUGGAGCUUGUCAAGCCAGCUGGAUGGGUGCAUAUAUCUUUAUCUGGUAAUGAUCCACGUGAAACUUUUGUCAACACUUUCAUGCUGCAAAUUGCUGUGCUCUCAAAUCAUCUUAAUGGAAGGGACACUCAUAUCCGCCAGAUUAAAGUCUAUGGGCCAAGACCGAACCCUAUCCCUCUUCAGCCAUUUCAGUUCACUUCUACAGAGUUUAUUACUUAUUCUGCUGUGAGAUGAAGCUCAAGGGACUAUCUCAACGAGGAAAAAUGCCAACAAUAUAUAUUGAUAUCAAAAUGGAAACUGGGGGUACAAAAAGGAUCCUUUUUCUCUUGAAAGAGACCAAUCCUCACCAAAUCCGAGAUCCUGUCCCUUGGAUGACUUGAGUAAUGGGAGAAUGGCAAUUGGACCCUGCAAUGGUAGAACCUCAUGAAUCAGGCUUACUACUUCCUUUUCUUCUCUAUGAUAUUGAUUAGUCGUAGGCCUAUCGGAUAUCUAUAUUUGGUUUGUGUUAUUGUAGAAACUUCCUGUUCACAAUCCAUGUUUGGCUGCAUAUAAACCCUCUAACUAACAACCAUGCAGUGUCUUGUUUAAUUUGUAUUUCUCCCAGUUCUCUGCAGUCUGUCUGCUAUUAACUGGAAGAGAAUGAUUGUGGAUCUGCUUGUUCUUUAAGAGGUUUUUGUUCGCAAGCAUAUUGGCUAAAUAUUUGUAAACCUUGGUCUGAUCUACUUUCGACAUGUUUCAUUCUUGAUUGUA